UUGUAUUACAUAAAAUCAUCUAAGAAGCUCCUAGUAAUUUUAACAGAUCAUGAUAAAAAGUUGUCUUUCAGAGAUAUCUAUAAUUCUGAUCACGGGGCACAUGUUGGUCUGAAUAAUACUAGAGCUAAACUAAAAAGUUCUUUUUACUGGCUAGGUAUGGUUAGCGAUAUUACCAAAUGGAUCAAGGAAUGCGACAAAUGCCAACGAAUGGAAAAAAUUAAAACUGUUGCGCCUGAAUUAAAACCUAUUAGGGUAAAUGGUCAAUGGGAUUUUUUAGGUAUUGAUCUAAUUGGCCCACUACCUAUUACAUCAAAAGGGAAAAAUAUAUUUGAACAGUAACAGACCUCUGGAGUAAAUACGUUGAAGCUUUCCCUAUUCCUGAGAAAUCUGCUUUGUGUGUAUCUAGGUGUCUCACCACUUUAUUUUAUCGGUUUAGUCCUUCAAAAAAAAUUCUUUCUGAUCAAGGCAGAAAGUUUGUAAACAGUGUAAAUGAGCUUUUGUUUUCUUUAUUUAAUGUCAAACACCUUAUAACAUCUGCUUAUCACCCACAAACAAAUGGGCAAGAUGAAAGAACAAACCAGACUGUUAGGUCUUUUUAAAAUUAUGCAAUGAAGCCCAGGAUAACUGGGACGAGUUGUUAGAACCAGUAUUAUUUGGUCUUCGCUUAUGUGUUCAAAAAUCAACUAAGUUUUCACCAUUUUUUCUAAUGUUUGGCAGAGAAGCACAAUUAUUUUGAGCUAUAGCAAUGAAUCCAACCAAUUCAAACCUUAUUGAUGGUAAUAUUGAUAUUCAUUCAACUGAAAGUCAAAUUCAAGAAAGAAUUGAUUCAUGUAAUUAAGUCAGCAUUGUGGUAAAUUCAAAUAUUUUAAAUGCUCAAACAAAAAUGAAAAAGUGUUAUGCCGCUAAACAGAUGAAGGGUUGUAAAUCAUUUUCAUUUAAAAUAGGUGAUAAAGUUUUAUUAAAAAACUGCAGAAAAAUUAGUCGUAAUGGGAGCCGAAUGGAGCACAAUUGGCUUGGACCUGCUACAAUCACAAGCUUUAAACAAAAUGGUGCUGUUGUAACUCGUAAUGGAAAAGUUUGGAGGAAUGCUGUUGCUUUAAUAAACAUGAAGCCAUAUAUAGAAAAAAAUCAGACUUUAUCAUCGGCAAUAAUAUUAAAUGAACACAAUUAUUGUCUACCAAUGAAAAUUAAAAUGGCAAGAAAUAACAAAAAUAUAAAAGAACCUAUAAAAUCAAACAAGAUACAUAUAGUUGACUCAAAAUGCUAUGUUAAAGAUAAAAAAAAUAAAUUGAUUAAAGUGGAAAACUCUUUAUCUAAAAAUGUAUACCCUGCAAUUUCUUUUAACAAUAAAUUUUUUUUAAACUUAUCAACACAGUCAGUUAAAUUAGGCCUCGAUAUUUUAAAAAGUCCGUGUGGUUGGUUAAAUGAUACAUUAAUAGAUAUAGCCCAAAGCUUCCUAUCAUCUCAGUUUCCUCAUAUUGCGGGAUUUCAAAGUUCGUGUAUUUUUAAUAAAAAUAAUUCAGGGGGUUACAUCCAUUCAGGAAAAUUUAUUCAAAUACUCAAUGUCAGAAAUUCACAUUGGAUACUGAUAAUUAAUGUGUCAUCUGAUACAUGUUUAAAAUCAUCAGUUUAAUAUUAUUCUCUUUUUACCAGUUUAAAAGAAGAUGUUCCAUUACUUGUGCAUCAUGUUGCUCAAUCAUUAUUGAUUUGUGAAGAUGUUAACUCUAUAAGUUUUGAUGUUAUGAACUAAAAAAAAAACAUAAAUUUAUUAAUAGAUGCUUUUGUGAUAGAAAGAAGAUCUAUUUUCUUUUUG